CCUUGGUCUGCUAUAGUUCUGAGCUAGCUACCUAAGUAUCUAAGUUAGCAAGGCACGUCAACGUCAGGCCACUUAAUAGGAAUACGUUACGUGCUGAUACAACUUGGUAUAGGUACAUACAUUCUAGCUUGUAGAAGAAGAAGAAGAAGAAGCAGGUCGUCUACCUACAUACCUAGGUAGCUAUACUUGUACUUGCUUAGAAAAGAAUCACAUCUUAUAGGCUCUAAAAGGGGGGAUUAGAAACCGGGUACUCAAGCCUUGCUUGCAUCCUCUAAAUCGCAAAGAUGGGUCACAAGACGCUACAAAUCACAGAGGUAAAUCGAAUUCCCCAUCUCCCUACUCGUCCAUCCUCCUACUUACACGCCCCCCCCAAGCUGUAUAUCUACCCAAUCAAGUCCCUACGCCCAGUAUCCCUAGACAGGGCAUCGCUGCAGCGCGAGGGCCUCCGGUAUGACCGGCGCUUUAUGCUGCUUAAGGUCGAGGCCGGCGGAGGGUACAAGAACAUGCAGGUGUUCCACUUCCCGGAGUGUGCGCUCUUCCACCAGGCCAUCGUCGACGAUGAUGGCCAUGUCGUCGUCACCUACCGUAUCCCGGAACACCCGCUAGUGGUUCCGCCCCCUCCGGAGCAGCAUGCCGCCUUACGCGUACCUCUUAACCCCGCUAUCGCCGGCCUCGAAACCGUCGACAUCAGGCUGUACAGCAGCUCCACCGCGGCGUAUCGCAUGGGCGAUACCUACGACGCUUGGUUUUCCGCGUGUCUGGGCUAUCCUGCGAUCCUCGUCUACAUCGGCGAUAACCGCCGUUCAGUGCUAGCGCACGCGCCGCAGCCCGAGCAGCCACAGCCACAGACGCAAUCCUGGUCCUCGUACCUGACGUCUUUCGUGCCCUACUACGGGCAGCAGUGGCCGCCGAAAGGAGAAGAGGCCCCCGGGAUAGUCUUCAACGAAGCCGCGCCGUUCCUCCUGACGUCCAAGGCCUCGCUGCGCAACGUCAGCGCGCGGCUACCCGAGGGCCAGGAGAUGGACAUGGUCAAGUUCCGGCCCAACAUCGUGGUCGACGAGGUGUGGGAGGAGUCCUCCGGCUCGGAAGACAGCAGCAGCGGCGACGGCGACAACGACACGCCGUCGAUACUCGCCGCGUGGGACGAGGACUUCUGGGCGGAGCUUUUAGUAGUAGGAUCCUCGCACCGACUCGCGCUGACGGCGAACUGCGCGCGCUGCGUCUCCAUCAACGUCGACUACACGACCGGACGGCCGGCCUCGGGCGAGCUAGGCUCGGUGCUGAAGAAGCUGAUGAGGGACCGCCGCGUGGACGCGGGCAACAAGUGGUCGCCCAUCUUCGGGCGGUACGCGUUUCUGCUACCGCCUGUAAAUAGUAGCAGCAGCAGCAGCAGCGGUGGUGGCGGUGAAGGGCAAGAGCUAGAAGCUGACGUCGCUGUGGGUGACGAGGUCAAGGUAACAAGACGCAAAAGCGAGCGAGACACGUGGGCCUGGCCGAAGUGAGGCCGGCCGCCGGUAUGACGGCGGGUGUGUGUUCAACAACGGAAAGACAGGAGGAUGUUGUUGUUGUCGUUGGGCAUAUCGACAAAUAGUGUGGUGAGGAGAGGAAGUGU